CAAAGGCUCUCCAUUCCAUUGCAAACAGAAGCAGCGCUAGGCUCUCGGAACACUCUUUCAGGGUUUCAAAGACUGAAGGAUGGCAGAUGUGAAGGAGGAUGAGGACUAUGAGGUAGUAUUCUUUAGGCGCACUGAAAAAGAAGAAGAAGAAGAAGAAAAACAAGAAUCCUUCGAGAGUUACCAAUACCGCCUCCAGAGUAAAAGACACAGGAACAUGAUGGAAUCACUUUCUUUCAAAAACCUUUCCAGGGAAGAAGACGAAGAGGACGAAACAAACCCAAGCCCAAGCAAGAGUGCCAAGACCCUAGCACCAACCUCUCCCCUGAACAACCUCCCAUCCUUUGAAAACAUGGAAUGCUCACCAGUGGUUGUACCCUGUUUUCGUAGAAUUGAAAUCAUAGGUACCAAAGAGGAACCCACAGGUACCAGAGAGAUAUCUGACUUAUGGUUCCCAGCGAGUGCGGUUGAUGAGAAAGACCUAAAUCGAUUUUCUAGCUAUGCACAGACGGUGAUAAAGCGCUACAACAAAGUGAAGAAAACAGAUUUUGAGUUUGUGAGAUUGGUGAAGAUGAGGUGGACAUUGGGCCAUUUUUAUCUUCGCUUCAAGGCCAAGCCCAGCGGUGCAGGACCAGGUGCCACCUUGAAAACCUUUGAAGGAGAUGUGCGCUGUAAUUGGUGCCUUGUAAAUGAAGAAGAUGGGAGGCCCUUGAGUUGUCGUCUAAUAGGCCGCAAAUAUGACGAUUAUUUGUAUGUAAGACCGCCACCUUGGUACCACUAAACAAUACAUGCAUGAUACGUACCUCCCCAACUCCAAGCAAAUUUGUCUUGCAAUAUUCACCUCUUAUUGGCUGCAUAUGUGAAGCUGUAAUUCAGUCAACAGUACGAGUCCAUGCAUCAACAUUGUAAUUAUUCAGCUGUCUGGUUCCUUAUCAGCUCUAGGUGUGUGGUGGCUAGGGAUCAUCUUAGUGAUGUCGUUAAGAGUGUGGGGUUCUCCUCAUGAGCUCUGCUGCUUCUCUCUCCAAGCCAAAUCAUCUGCACUCCUCUGGGCAGUUAGAUUAGCUGCUCAAGAGAAUUGGCAUCAAGUUGUGUUUGAAGGUGUCACUAAAGCCUCUGUUUUUGACUCCCUUGGCUCCUUGGAUUUCUUCCGUGAUUGGUCUAUUAAUUAGCACCUCCAUUAGUAACAUUCGUUGUUUAGCUGUUUCUUUUGCUGCCUUUAAGUUUAGUUGGGUCCAGAGAAACUGCAAUUCUGCAGCCCAUGUAGCUGCUAGACUUGCUUUUGAGCUCUUGUGAUUCUGCUUCAAUAAAGGCAACCUCCCAAGUUCCACCUCAUAUUGAGUCUGCUUGUAAGGUGGAUUACCUAGCUUAUUAUUCCUUUUAUGUUUUAAUGUUAUUGAAGUUUAGCAGGAAAAAUAAAAAACAGUACAAGUCUAUGCCUUGUAGACAUAUUUUUGAC